AUGUUAAGUAAAACAACUUUCACAAUUUUAUUAUUAUCAUUAUUAAUGUAUUGGUUUGUUAAUAAUAGAAAUUGGGAAUAUGAAAGAAGGAUAGAGUUUUCAGAGGAUAUGAGAGAUAGGGAUGUUAAAAAGGUCAGAGCAAUUAUAACAGGUGCAACUGGAAUGAUAGGUGAGGGUGUGGUGCACCAGUGUUUAUUAGAUGACGAUGUUGAGUCCAUAUUAUUGGUCAAUCGUAGGGAAUCAGGUAUUAAGCAUCCAAAGAUUAAAGAAAUUAUCCAUAAAGAUUUAUCAAAUUUAACAAGUAUUGAGGAUGAAUUUAAAGGGUAUAAUUCAGUUUUUUAUUGCUUGGGAACAUCAUCAUUAGGAAAAGAUAAAGAUACAUACUAUAAAAUUUCAUAUGAAAUGCCAAUUGCAAUGUUAAAUUCUUUCAUCAAAGUAAAUAAUGCAAAAGAAAAAUACGACAACGAUUUAACUUUCAUCUAUGUUACAGGAGCUGGUACUGAUAGCAAUAGUUGGUCGAACUGGGCUAGAGUCAAGGCAUUAACCGAAAGUACAAUUAUCAAUUCAACAGUAUCAAAUCCAUUAGCAUUUAGACCAGGUUUUGUUAAAGAAAUUGAAGGAUUAAAAUAUACAAAUAAAUAUUAUAAAUUCAUUGGUUGGCUAUAUAAAUUUGGUAGAUUAAUUUCAACUAAUGGGUUUAUUACAUUGGAGGAGAUGGGUAAGGCCAUGAUUAAUUCAGUUUUUAAGAAAUAUCCAUCAAGAAUUGUUAGUGGUAUCGAUAUGGCAAUUUUAGCAAACUCAAGAUAAUUAUAUAUUGUAAUAUAUGUAAAUAAAAAUAAAGUUUAUGUUUAAUUUAAAAGG